GGGACGGUCACUGUCGGUUCGGACGGUCACUGCUGCCUGGGACGGUCACUGCGGGCUGCAUCCGCUGUCCCCGCGGCUGUGUGAGGGCAGAGCGGAGCCACCGCAGCUCCGCUCCCAGCAGACAGCAGCGGCAUGGCGCUCCGGGGAGCCUGCCUCCUCCUCUGCCUCCUCUCCCUCGCCCACGUCUCCGGCCAGCAGAACGGCAAAGUCCGGCCGAAACCGGCGGCUUCCAAGAAAGAUGGUGUGAGCCUCAAAAUGAUUGAAGACCUGAAGGCCAUGAUUGACAACAUCUCUCAGGAGGUUGCUCUACUGAAGGAAAAACAAGCACUCCAGACAGUUUGCCUGAAAGGCACCAAAAUUCACCURAAAUGCUUUCUGGCAUUUUCGGAGACCAAGACAUACCACGAGGCCAGCGAAAACUGCAUCUCUCAGGGCGGCACACUCAGCACCCCCCAGAACGGGGAGGAGAACGAUGCCCUCUACGACUACAUGCGCAAGAGCAUCGGCUCRGAGGCCGAGAUCUGGCUGGGCCUCAAUGACAUGGCCACAGAGGGCAAGUGGGUCGACAUGACGGGCAGCYCCCUCCGCUACAAGAACUGGGAGACUGAAAUCACCRCCCAGCCCGACGGCGGCAAGCUGGAAAACUGCGCGGCUUUGUCUGGGGCCGCCAUUGGCAAGUGGUUCGACAAGAGGUGCCGAGAACAGCUGCCCUACGUGUGCCAGUUCAUGAUCGUGUAGUGCCGAGGCCUCAUCCAGCCCGGCCCAGCACGGAUAUUCCAUUUGGGCAGCAGGAUCGUGCAGCUGGAGCUGUGUGCACCUCCACGUAUGUCCAUGCACCCGCGUGUUCCGCUAGGGCCACCCUCGGCAAAGAGAGUUGUCACGGCUCGGUGUCGGGCUGUAGAGCACUAGAGCAUUUCCUUUGGCCGCUUCCAGCCCUGUUUGCAGCUGCACUGCUCUUUCUAAGGCAUGAUUUAUAGAUAGAUUUUUUUUACACAGGGAAUUUAUUAGGAUGYUCAGUUGUUUUGGCGAAGAACCAGCGCAGCAGUCCAGCCUGGCAUAGAGCUGCCUCGGCUGCCCGGGGCUGUCACUCUGCAAUGUUCUUUCCCAUUUUGCUGAGCUUUGUUGGGACACCAGCACAGCCAGUUUCUGCUUWCUUCCCUUGUGCUUCCCCAUAAGCCCUGGCAACAAUCUGUGGGAGCUCCUUGUUCCUCACAGUGUCCCAAUUCAGCCUCCUGAGGAUCCAGRUGCUGUCCCAAUGAGCAGGGGGAGUUACUCCAGCUUUGCAUUGAGACAUACAAUUGGGCUCAUUUGGCAGGGUCCCAGCUGCUCAAGGGAUUGUCCAACUGGUCRAGUUACAUUCAUAAAUGAAUCAGCAAGUUACAGGCAGGUUUGGUCCUUUUCUCACCAGCCAGAAGCCAGUUUCACUGACUUCAGUGGGAGAGCAAGACCCACUGCCAGAUCCUUUGAAAAAAAAACUCAUCAGAAGCCUUAUUUGUGCUGCACUAUCAAGGGAAAGCAAUGAUUACUCAGAACAUAGUUAGUCAAAUAUAUUAUUGGAAAUAGAAGACAUAUGUAUUACAUAAAUAACAUAAAUGUAGCA